CCCCCGAGAGCUCAGCCAAAAUCAUAUCAGAUCCUUGUGAAAACGCACAAACUUACGAUCUUUCUCACUGUGCCACAUUCCAAUACCAUCGCAUCUUUGAAAGAGGAGACACUAUCAGCAUUAUCGGCAGAUGUAACCGAGAUCGAGGAUGUACCGCGGGUGUCGAAAGAAGAGGAGUUUGAGCUCUGUCGCGCCGUGAAAGAGAAGGGCAAGACCACGGUGCAGUACGAAGUGCUGCAGCCCUCGCAAUCGGUCAGUAAUCUAACCAACUGGGAGGUGCUAUAUCUGCAAUUCAAGGAUGAAGAUGGCAAUAUUUUGCCCGUCGAAGUCGAGCAACCAUCUCUGCUGGACGAUGAAGACGAAGAACCA